GCUCCGUGUCGGAUCGCGCCGGGACGUGCCGGGCCAUACGGGGCUGUACUGGACCGCGCUGGGCUGUGCCAGGCCAUACCGGGCCGAACUGGACCGUAUUGGGCUGGGCUGGAGCACCCGAGCCGUGUGGGACCGUGCUGGGCUGUACUGGACCAUAGUGAGCUGGGCUGUGCCGGGCCAUACUGGGCUGUGCUGGGCCAUACUGGGCGGUGCUGGAGCAGCCUGUGCUGUGCCAUACGGAGCGGUGCUGGACUCUGCUGAGCUGUGACCGAGCCCUGCGGGCCGUGCCCUGCGCCGUGCUGCCCAGCCAUGGUGGCGGGGAUGCUGAUGCCGCUGGAGCGGCUCCGCUCCAUCCUGGAGCUGCUGUUUCGCGAGGGUGUCCUGGUCGGGGAGAGGGACGGCUGCCCCCGGCGCACCCACCCGCAGCUGCCUGGCGUGGCCAACGUGGAGGUGCGGCGCGCCAUGGCCUCGCUGCGCUCCCGCGGCCUCGUGCGCCAAACGGCGGCCUGGAGACACCUCUACUGGUACCUGACGGACGCCGGGGUCGCCCACCUGCGCCAGUACCUGCGGCUGCCGCCGGACGUGGUGCCGCGCUCCCUGCAGCGCGUCCCGCGCCCCGCCGUCCCCCGGCCCGAGGCGCGGCGUGCCGCUGCCCCGGCCGGCGCUGGCACCCAGCGGGCGCGUCCUGCCGGCGGUGACCGCCUCUACCGAAGGAAGGACGAGGCCGAGGGGCACGUGGAAGCCGCCGCCGUCACCGCAGGGCAGAGGGUGUGCCAGCCGCCCCCCCAGCCCAGCCCGGCCGCAGAUGAGCGAGAUCGUGUCCAGAAGAAAACCUUCACCAAAUGGGUCAACAAGCACCUUAUCAAGGCGCAGCGCCAUGUCAACGACCUGUACGAGGACCUGCGGGACGGGCACAACCUCAUCUCGCUGCUGGAGGUGCUGUCGGGUGACACACUGCCCCGGGAGAAGGGCCGGAUGCGCUUCCACAAGCUGCAGAAUGUCCAGAUUGCCCUCAACUACCUGAAGCAUCGGCAGGUGAAGCUGGUGAACAUCCGGAACGAUGACAUCGCCGACGGCAACCCCAAACUGACACUGGGGCUCAUCUGGACCAUCAUCCUCCACUUCCAGAUCUCAGACAUCCAGGUGACGGGGCAGUCGGAGGACAUGACAGCCAAGGAGAAGCUGCUGCUGUGGUCGCAGCGGAUGGUGGAGGACUACCAGGGCCUCCGCUGCGACAACUUCACCACCAGCUGGCGGGACGGGCGCCUCUUCAACGCCAUCAUCCACCGGCACAGGCCGAUGCUGAUCGACAUGAGCCGGGUGUACCGCCAGAGCAACCUGGAGAACCUGGACCAGGCCUUCACCGUGGCCGAGCGGGAUCUGGGGGUGACGCGGCUGCUGGACCCCGAAGAUGUGGAUGUGGCACAGCCAGAUGAGAAGUCCAUCAUCACCUACGUGUCCUCGCUGUACGACGCCAUGCCGCGUGUGCCCGAGGUGCAGGACGGCGUCAAGGCCAACGAGCUGCAGCUGCGCUGGCAGGAGUACUACGAGGUGGUGACAGGGCUGCUGCAGUGGAGCAGGCAGCACUCGGCGCUCUUCGAGGAGCGUCGCCUCCCUGCCAGCUACGAGGAGAUCGAGAUCCUCUGGCGCCAGUUCCUCAAGUUCAAGGAGACGGAGCUGCCGGCUCGGGAGGCCGACAAGAACCGCUCCAAAGCCAUCUUCCAGGCGCUGGAGGGCGCGGUGCAGUCGGGACAGCUGAAGGUGCCCCCCGGGUACCACCCACUGGACGUGGAGAAGGAGUGGGGGCGGCUGCACGUCGCUGUGCUGGAGCGGGAGAAGCUGCUGCGGGCAGAGUUCGAGAGGCUGGAGCGGCUGCAGCGUGUGGUCACCAAGCUGCAGAUGGAGUCAGGGCUCUGUGAGGAGCAGCUGAACCAGGCGGAUGCUCUGCUGCAGGCAGACGUGCGGCUGCUGGCGGCCGGGAAGGCACCACAGAAGGCGGCAGAGGUGGAGAGGGACCUGGACAAGGCGGAUGCCAUGAUCCGGCUGCUCUUCAACGACGUCCAGACCCUCAAGGACGGGCGGCACCCCCAGGGCGAGCAGAUGUACCGUCGCGUGUACCGCCUGCACGAGCGCCUGGUGUCCAUCCGCACCGAGUACAACCUGCGGCUCAAGUCGGGGGCGCCGGUGACAGCGGUGACAGCCGUGUCGGUGACGUCGGCGCAGCGGCGGCCGGAGCCGGACGAGGCUCCCCUGCGCUACCUGCAGGAGCUGCUGGCCUGGGUGGAGGAGAACCAGCGGCGUGUGGCCACGGCCGAGUGGGGCGCCGACCUGCCCACCGUGGAGACCCACCUGGGUGCCCACCGCGGGCUGCACCGUGCCAUCGAGGAGUUCCGUGCCAAGGUGGAGCGGGCACGGGCUGAUGAGACCCAGCUGGCCCCUGGCCCCAGCGGCGCCUACCGGGAGUGCCUGGGCAAGCUGGAGCUGCAGUACGCCAAGCUGUUGAACUCCUCCAAGUCACGGCUGCGGCACCUGGAGAGUCUCCACGGCUUCGUCAGCGCUGCCACCAAAGAGCUGCUGUGGCUGAGCGAGCGCGAGGAGGAGGAGGUGGCCUUCGACUGGAGCCACAACAACCCUGCCAUGGCUGCCAAGAAGGAGAGUUACUCGGCGCUGAUGCGGGAGCUGGAGCUGCGGGAGCGGCGGAUCCAGGAGCUGCAAACCUCGGGCGAGCGGCUGCUGCGUGAGGAGCACCCCGGGGCGCAGACACUGGAGGCGUUCCUGGCAGCGCUGCAGACCCAGUGGAGCUGGAUGCUCCAGCUCUGCUGCUGCAUCGAGACCCACCUGAAGGAGAACACCAACUACUUCCAGUUCUUUGCCGAGGUGCGGGAGGCCGAGGAGCUGCUGCGGAAGACGGAGGAGACGAUGCGGCGCAAGUUCAGCUGCGACCGCGGCACCACGGCCACGCGCCUCGAGGACCUGCUGCAGGAUCUCGCGGAGCAGAAGGAGCAGCUGGCGGAGUUGGGGGCGCAGCUGGGGGGUCUCUCCCGCCGUGCCAGGACCAUCGUGCAGCUGAAGCCACGCAGCCCCUCGACACCCCUGCAGGGCCGCCCCCCGAUCCAGGCCGUCUGCGACUACAAGCAAAUGGAGGUGACAGUGCACAAGAACGACACCUGUGCCUUGGUGAACCACACGCAGCCACAGCAGUGGCGGGUGCUGAGCGCCGCUGGCAGCGAGGCCGUCGUCCCCUCCGUCUGCUUCCUCCUGCCACCCCCCAACAAGGAGGCUCUGGACGCCGUGCACAGGCUGGAGACCACCCACCAGCAGCUGCUGGGGCUGUGGCAGCAGCUGCACCAGGACCUGCGCAGCCUCCGCGCCUGGCAGUACCUGACCCGGGACAUCCAGCAGAUCCACUCCUGGACACACAUCACGUUCCGCACGCUGCCGGCCGAGGAGGUGCGUCAGGUGCUGUCCAGCCUGGAGAGGCACUACCAGGAGUUCCUGCGGGACAGCCAGGACUCGCAGAGCUUCCAGCCCGACGACCGGCUGCAGGUGGAGCGUGACUACAACGCCUGCACUCACAAAUACGAGCUGCUGCUGCGUAGCCAGGAGAAAGGAGAGCAGGACGAGUCUCUGUGCAAGAGCUACAUCUCGCAGCUGAAGGACAUCCGGCUGCAGCUGGAGAGCUGCGAGAACCGCACCGUGCACCGCCUGCGCCUGCCCCUCAAGGCCGACCCCCUGCGCGAGUGCGCCCAGCGCCAGGCGGAGCAGCAGCAAACACACCUGGAGCUAGAGGGCAUCCAGAAGAACCUGGCCAAAGUCAGUGAGAAGACGGAGCAGGUGCUGGCGCAGCCGGAGCAGGCGGGCUCGGCCCCUGUGCUGCGCUCCGAGCUGGAGGUCACCCUGCGGAAGAUGGAGCAGGUGUACAGCCUCUCCAGCAUCUACCUGGAGAAGCUGAAGACCAUCGGGCUGGUGAUCCGGAGCACGCAGGGGGCUGAGGAGCUGCUCCGCAAGUACGAGGAGCAGCUGAAGGACGUGCAGGCAGUGCCGGCCGACCUGGCUGAGCUGGAGGCCAGCAAGGCUGAGCUUAAGCGGCUGCGGGCACAGGCCGAGGGGCACCAGCCCUUCUUCAGCACGCUGGAGACCGACCUGGGCAAGGCCAAGGACGUCAACGAGCGGAUGGUCCGCGGCCACAGCGAGCGGGACGUGGACCUGGAGCGGUACCGGGAGCGGGUGCAGCAGCUGCUGGAGCGCUGGCAGGCCGUGCUGGGCCAGGCUGACCUGCGCCAGCGCGAGCUGGACCAGCUGGGCCGCCAGCUGGGCUACUACCGGCAGAGCUGCGAUGCGCUGCGCCAGUGGAUCCGCGACGCCCGGCAGCGCCAGGAGGCCAUCCAGGCCGUGCCCAUCACCGACAGCCAGACUGUGCGCGAGCAGCUGCUGCAGGAGAAGAAACUGCUGGAGGAGUGUGAGCAGCACAAGGAGAAGGUGGAGGAGUGCCAGCGCUAUGCCAAGCAGUACAUCGAUGCCAUCAAGGACUACGAGCUGCAGCUGGUGAGCUUCAAGGCACAGGUGGAGCCGGUGGCAUCACCAGCCAAGAAGCCCAAAGUGCAGUCAGCAUCUGACAGCAUCAUCCAGGAGUACGUGGACCUGCGGACACAGUACAGUGAGCUGACCACGCUCACCACCCAGUACAUCAAGUUCAUCACCGAGACACUGCGGCGGCUGGAGGACGAGGAGAAAGCCGCCGAGAAGCUGAAAGAGGAGGAGAGGAAGCGGCUGGCGGAGGUGGAGGCGCAGCUGGAGAAGCAGCGGCAGCUGGCCGAGGCCCACGCCAAAGCCAAGGCACAGGCGGAGGCGGAGGCACGGGAGCUGCAGCUCCGCAUGCAGGAGGAGGUCACCCGGCGGGAGGUGGUGGCCGUGGAUGCCGAGCAGCAGAAGCAGAACAUCCAGCAGGAGCUGAUGCAGCUGCGGCAGAACUCGGACCACCAGAUCAAGUCCAAGGUGAAGCUGAUCGAGGAGGCUGAGUACAACCGCAAGAAAGUGGAGGAGGAGAUCCGCCUCAUCCGCCUGCAGCUGGAGAGCACCGAGAAGCAGCGGGAGAGCGCAGAGACCGAGCUGCAGGAGCUGCGGGCACGUGCUGAAGAUGCUGAGAGGCAGAAGCGGCAGGCACAGGAGGAGGCCGAGCGCCUGCGCCGGCAGGUGAAGGAGGAGAGCCAGAAGAAGCGGGAGGCGGAGGAGGAGCUGAAGCGCAAGGUGCAGGCUGAGCGCGAAGCAGCACGGGAGAAGCAGAAGGCAGUGGCAGACCUGGAGCAGCUGCGGCUGCAGGCAGAGGAGGCUGAGCGACGCAUGCGGCAGGCGGAGGCUGAGAAGGAUCGGCAGAUCCAGGUGGCCCAGGAGGUGGCCCAGCGCAGCGCUGAGGCCGAGCUGCAGAGCAAGAGGCUCUCUUUUGCCGAGAAGACAGCGCAGCUGGAGCUGUCACUGCAGCAGGAGCAUGAUGUGGUGGCCCAGCUGCAGGAGGAGGCCGAGCGGCUGAAGAGGCAGCAGCUGGAGGCCGAGCGCUCACGGGAGGAGGCUGAGAAGGAGCUGGAGCGCUGGCGGCAGAAGGCCAACGAGGCGCUGCGCUUGCGGUUGCAGGCUGAAGAGGUGGCCCACAAGAAAUCACUGGCGCAGGAGGAGGCCGAGAAGCAGAAGGAGGAUGCAGAGCGCGAGGCCCGCAAGCGCGCCAAGGCAGAGGAGGUGGCCGUGCGGCAGAAGGAGCUGGCUGAGGAAGAGCUGGAAAAGCAGCGGGAGCUGGCAGAGGGCACAGCCCAGCAGAAGCUGGCGGCGGAGCAGGAGCUGAUCCGGCUGAAGGCGGAGAUGGAGAACGGGGAGCAGCAGCGCCUGCUCCUGGAAGAAGAGCUCUCACGGUUGAAGGGCGAGGUAAACGAGGCCAUCCAGAGGAGGAAAGAGCUGGAGGAGGAGCUGGCCAAGCUGCGGGCAGAGAUGGAGGUCCUGCUGGAGAGCAAGGCCAAGACAGAGGAGGAGUCGCGCUCCAGCAGCGAGAAGUCCAAGCAGCGGCUGGAGGCGGAGGCCAAUAAGCUGCGGGAGCUGGCCGAGGAGGCCGCCCGCCUGCGCGCCCUCUCCGAGGAGGCCAAGCGGCAGCGGCAACUGGCAGAGGACGAGGCCACCCGGCAACGGGCCGAGGCCGAGCGCAUCCUGAAGGAGAAGCUGGCGGCCAUCAACGAGGCCUCACGGCUGAAAGCAGAGGCGGAGAUCGCACUGAAGGAGAAGGAGGCUGAGAACGAGCGGCUGCGGCGGCUGGCAGAGGAUGAGGCCUACCAGCGCAAGCUGCUGGAGGAGCAGGCAGCCCAACACAAACAGGACAUCGAGGAGAAGAUUGCCCUGCUGAAGCGCUCCUCAGAGAGCGAGCUGGAGAGGCAGAAGGGUCUUGUGGAGGAUACGCUGCGGCAGCGGCGACAGGUGGAGGAGGAGAUCCGUGCCCUCAAGGCCAGCUUCGAGAGGGCCUCAGCUGGCAAGAGCGAGCUGGAGCGGGAGCUGAACCGCAUCCGUGGGGAGGCAGAGGAGGUGCAGCGCAGCCGGGAGCAGGCGGAGCGGGAGGCUGAGCGGCAGCGGGCACUGGCACUGGAGGAGGAGGGCCGCCGGCGCGAGGCCGAAGAGAAGGUGCAGGCCAUCCUGGCAGCCGAGGAGGAGGCCGGGCGGCAGCGGCGACUGGCCCUGGAGGAGGUGGAGCGGCUGCGGGCCAUGGUGGAGGAGGCACGGCGGCAGAAGGAACUGGCGGAGAAGGAGUCGGAGCGGCAGAUCCAGCUGGCACGGGAGGCAGCGCAGAAGCGGAUUGCAGCAGAGGAGAAGGCGCACCUGGCUGCCGUGCAGCAGAAGGAGCAGGAGCUGCUGCAGACGCGCCAGCAGGAGCAGAGCCUCCUGGACCGGCUGCGCGAGGAGGCUGAGCGGGCCCGGCGGGUGGCUGAGGAGGCUGAGUUUGCCCGUGGCAAGGCCGAGCAGGACGCCAGCUUGUCCCGGCAGCGCGUGGAGGAGGCUGAGCGGCUGAAGCAGCGGGCAGAGGAGGAGGCGCAGGCCAAGGCACAGGCACAGGCAGACGCAGAGAAGCUGCGGAAGGAGGCCGAGCUGGAGGCAGCAAAACGGGCACAGGCAGAGCAGGCGGCCCUGCGGCAGAAGCAGUUGGCCGAUGCCGAGAUGGAGAAGCACAAGAAGUUUGCCGAGCAGACACUGCGGCAGAAGGCACAGGUGGAGCAGGAGCUGACCAAGGUGAAGCUGCAGCUGGAUGAGACAGACCACCAGAAGGGCAUCCUGGAUGAGGAGCUGCAGCGGCUUAAGGAGGAGGUGACAGACGCUGUCCGGCAGAAGGCCCAGGUGGAGGAGGAACUCUUCAAGGUGCGGGUGCAGAUGGAGGAGCUGGCCAAGCUGAAGAGCCGCAUCGAGGAGGAGAACAAGGCACUGAUCCUCAAGGACAAGGACAACACGCAGAAGUUCCUGGCGGAGGAGGCAGAGAAGAUGAAGCAGGUGGCUGAGGAGGUGGCCCGGCUGAGCGUGGAGGCGCAGGAGGCCGCCCGCAUGCGGCAGCUGGCUGAGGAUGACCUGGCGCAGCAGCGGGCCCUGGCAGAGAAGAUGCUGAAGGAGAAGAUGCAGGCGGUGCAGGAGGCCACGCGGCUGCGGGCCGAGGCUGAAAUGCUGCAGAAGCAGAAGGAUCUGGCACAGGAACACGCCAAGAAGCUGCAGGAGGACAAGGAGCAGAUGCAGCAGCGCCUGGCUGAGGAGACUGAAGGCUUCCAGAAGACGCUGGAGGCCGAGCGCCGGCGGCAGCUGGACAUCACAGCUGAGGCUGAGCGCCUCAAGCUGCAAGUGGCAGAGAUGAGCAUGGCCCAGGCCAAGGCUGAGGAGGAAGCCAAGCGGUUCAAAAAGCAGGCAGAGGAGAUCAGUGAGAGGCUGCAUGAGACUGAGCUGGCCACACAGGAGAAGAUGACAAUGGUGCACACCCUGGAGAUCCAGCGGCACCAGAGCGAUGAGGAUGCCGAAAAGCUGCGGAAGGCCAUCGCUGACCUGGAGAAGGAGAAGGAGAAGCUGAAACAGGAGGCAGCACUGCUGCAGCAGAAGGCAGAGGAGAUGCAGGUGGCCCAGCAGGCUCAGCUCCGUCAGGAGACCCAGCUCCUGCAGCAGAGCUUCCUGACGGAGAAAGAUGCCCUGCUGCAGAAGGAGAAGUUCAUUGAGGAGGAGAAAUCGAAGCUGGAGAAACUCUUUAAGGAUGAGGUGAACAAAGCCCAGAACCUGAAGGCAGAGCAGGAGCGGCAGCAGCGGGAGAUGGAGCAGGAGAAGCAGCAGUUGAAAGCUAUGUUAGACGAAGCCAAGAAGCAUCAGAAGGAAGCUGAGGAAAACGUCCGGCACAAGCAGGAGGAGCUACAGCAGCUGGAGAGGCAGCGACAGCAGCAGGAGAAACUUCUGGAAGAAGAGAACCAGAAGCUGAGGGAGAGGCUCGAGCAGAUGCAGGAGGAGUACAAGGCUGCCCUAGCCCAGAGACGGGAGAUCAUGAUCCAGACAGAUGACCUGCCUGGGGAGGCGGUUACGACAACGCAGCUGCUGGACGUCAAGGCUGUGCCCAACGGCCGGGAUGCAAUGGAUGGCUUAGCCCAGAAUGGGGAGCCGGAGUUCGCCUUUGACGGCAUCCGGCAGAAGGUGUCAGCAGAGAAGCUGGCUGAUGCUGGCAUUCUGAGCAGGGAGAACUUGGACAAGUUGGCGAAGGGUGUUGUGAGUGUGGGCGAGCUCUCUCAGAGGGAGGAUGUCAAGAAGUACCUGCAGGGCAAGAGCAGCAUUGCUGGUUUGCUGAUCAAACCCUCCAACCAGAAGAUGAGCAUCUAUGAAGCCAUGAAGAAGAAGCUUCUCAGCCCAGGCACAGCGCUGGUGCUCCUGGAGGCACAGGCUGCUUCUGGCUUCAUCAUUGACCCUGUGAGGAAUGCAAGGCUCUCGGUGAACGAAGCGGUGCGAGAGGGAGUGAUCGGGCCAGAGCUGCACAACAAGAUGCUGUCGGCUGAGCGGGCUGUCACUGGCUAUAAGGAUCCGUACACAGGUGACAAGAUCUCCCUGUUCCAGGCCAUGCAGAAGGAUCUCAUUGUCAGGGACCACGGCAUCCGCCUGCUCGAGGCCCAGAUUGCCACUGGUGGCAUCAUCGAUCCUGUCAACAGCCACCGUCUGCCUGUGGAAGCCGCCUACAAGCGCGGCUACUUUGAUGAGGAGAUGAAUCAGGUCCUGUCUGACCCCACUGAUGACACCAAGGGCUUCUUCGAUCCCAACACUCAGGAGAACCUCACCUACCUGCAGCUCAUGGAGCGCUGUGUGACUGACCCGGACACAGGGCUGUGCCUCCUGCCACUCACUGACCAAGCAGCCAAAGCCAGAGAGCUGGUCUACACCGACAAGGAAGCCAAGGAUGUCUUCAAGAAGGCCACAGUGACAGCACCAUUUGGCAAGUUCCAAGGGAAGACGAUGACCAUCUGGGAGCUCAUCAACUCUGAAUACUUCACUGAGGACCAAAGGCGGGACCUGAUCCAGCAGUACAGGACUGGAAAGAUCACAGUGGAGAAGAUCAUCAAGAUCGUCAUCACGGUUGUGGAGGAAAGUGAGAAGAAGAGCCAGAUGUGCUUUGAGGGCCUGCGGGGCCCCGUGCCUGCUGCUGAGCUGCUGGAGAGCAAGAUCAUCAACAAGGACCUCUACAACCAGCUGCACCAGGGCAAGAAGUCCGUAAAGGAUGUGGCAGAGAUGGAGUCCGUACGGCAGUACCUGAAGGGCACAGAUGCCAUCGCUGGUGUCUUAGUGGAGUCUACGGGCCAGAAGCUCACCUUCUACGAGGCCCUGAAGAGAAACCUGCUGAAGCCAGAGGUUGCCCUGUCCCUGCUGGAGGCACAAGCUGCCACUGGCUACAUCAUUGACCCUGUGGGUAACAAGUUCUUCUCCGUGGAUGAGGCAGUGAAGGCCGAGGUGGUGGGGCCAGAGUUCCAUGAGAAGCUGCUGUCGGCAGAGAAGGCGGUGACUGGCUACAAGGAUCCCUACACAGGUCAGACGGUUUCCCUCUACCAAGCACUCCAGAAGGGCCUCAUCCCCAGCGACACUGGGCUCCGGCUGCUCGAUGUCCAGCUUGCCACUGGUGGCAUCAUCGACCCUGUCAACAGCCACCGGCUCCCGCUUGAGGUUGCCUACAAGCGUGGCUACUUCGACUCAGAGAUAAACAAGGCUCUGACUGAGUUCCAAGAUGAAGCCAAGGCUUUCUACUGUCCCAACACCCAGGAGCACCUCACCUAUGCUCAGCUGCAGAAGAGUUGCCACCGCGACAAGCAGACUGGCCUGUGCCUGCUGCCCCUGUCUGACAAGGCAAUCCAGUCACAGCAGGAGGAGGUCUACACCGACAGCCAGGCCAAGGAGUGCUUCGACAAAGCAACCAUCGAGGUCCCGGUGGGCAGCAUGAAGGGCCGGACAAUGACCAUCUGGGAACUGAUCCACUCUGAAUACUUCACAGAGGAGCACAGGCGGGAGCUGCUCCGACAGUACAAGACUGGCAAAGUGACAAUCGAGAAGAUCAUCAAGAUUGUGAUCACCAUCAUUGAAGAGGCAGAGACCAAAAAGCAGGAGAAACUGACAUUCAGUGGUCUGCGGGCUCCGGUGCCAGCCAGCGAGCUGCUGGAGUCCUGCAUCAUCAGCAAAACCCAGUAUGAGCAGUUGCAGGAAGGCAAGAAAUCAGUGAAGGACCUCUCGGAGACAGAUGCGGUGAGGAGAUUCCUGCAUGGCAGCGACUGCAUUGCCGGUGUCUAUGUGGAGGCCACCAAGGAGAAGCUGAACAUCUAUGAGGCCAUGAGGAGGAACCUGCUGAGACCCAGCACUGCUGUGGUCCUCCUGGAGGCCCAGGCAGCCACUGGGUUCUUGAUCGACCCCGUGAAGAACCGUAAACUGUACGUCAACGAGGCGGUGAAGGCUGGCAUUGUCGGGCCUGAGCUGCAUGAGAAGCUGCUGUCAGCUGAGAAGGCUGUCACGGGCUACAAGGAUCCCUACUCAGGCGAUACCAUCUCCCUGUUCCAGGCCAUGAAGAAGGGGCUUAUUGUCAAGGAGCACGGCAUCCGUCUGCUCGAGGCCCAGAUCGCCACGGGCGGCAUCAUCGACCCUGUGCACAGCCACCGCCUGCCCGUGGAGGUGGCCUACAAGCGUGGCUACUUCGAUGAGGAGAUGAACCGGACCCUCUCCGACCCCACUGAUGACACCAAGGGCUUCUUUGACCCCAACACUCAGGAGAACCUCACCUAUGUGCAGCUGAAGGAGAGGUGCAUCGAGGAUCCCGAGACGGGCCUAUACCUGCUGCCUCUGCGGGAGCCUGAGAAGCCAAAGGUGGUAGAAACCACUCACGUGUACACAGAAGCAGAGACACGGAAGGUGUUUGAGGAGACCCAAGUGGACAUCCCUGUGGGCAGCCGGGCAGGCUCCUCCAUGUCACUGUGGGAUGUCAUGCACUCGGACCUGCUGCCCGAGGAGCAGCGUAAGCAUCUCAUGGAGGAGUUCCAGUCGGGCCGCGUGUCCAAGGAGCGCAUGAUCAUCAUUAUCAUCGAGAUCAUCGAGAAGACUGAGAUCAUCCGGCAGCAGAAUCUCACAUCCUAUGACUAUGUCCGGCGCCGCAUCACAGCCGAGGACCUCUUUGAGGCCAAGAUCAUCACACAGGACAUCUACAACCUGCUGAAACAGGGCUCCAAAACCUUCCGGGAGCUCCUGGAUGUGGAGACUGUCUGGAAGUACCUUUACGGGUCGGGCUGCGUGGCUGGCAUCUACAUCCCCUCCUCCAAGCAGACGCUCAGUGUCUACCAAGCGCUGAAGAAGGGGCUGAUCAAUUCCGAAGUGGCCCGCUCCCUCCUGGAGGCGCAGGCAGCCACCGGCUUCAUGAUCGACCCCACGAAGAACGAAAUGUUGACUGUUGAUGAGGCAGUCAGGAAGGGCGUGGUGGGGCCAGAGAUCCACGACCGGCUCCUGUCUGCAGAGAGGGCUGUGACCGGCUACAGAGACCCCUACAGUGAACAGAAGAUUUCCCUCUUCCAGGCCAUGAAGAAGGAUCUCAUUCCCAGCGAAGAGGCCCUCAAGCUCCUAGACGCCCAGAUCGCCACCGGCGGCAUAAUUGACCCUCACUUGGGCUUCCACCUGCCCCUGGAGGUGGCCCUGCAGCGGGGCUUCAUCAACAAGGAGACGUACGACAUGCUGUCGGAGCCCAGCGAGGUGCGCAGCUAUGUGGACCCCUCCACAGAUGAGAAGCUCAGCUACACGCAGCUGCUGAGGCGGUGCCGGAAGGACGAGAACUCCAGGCUCCUCCUGCUCCCGCUCUGCGACACACGGAAGCUCACCUUCCGGGGCCUGAGGAAGCAGAUCACUGUGGAGGAGCUGGUCCUUUCGCAGGUGAUGGACGAAGCCACAGCCCAGCGCCUCCAGGAGGGUCUCACCUCUGUCGAGGAGGUCUCUAAGAACCUGAAGAAGUUCCUGGAGGGCACCAGCUGCAUCGCUGGUGUCUUUGUGGACUCCACAAAGGAGCGUCUGUCCAUCUACCAGGCCAUGAAGAAGGGGAUCAUCCGGCCUGGCACUGCCUUUGAGCUCUUGGAGGCACAGGCAGCCACGGGCUAUGUGAUUGACCCCAUCAAGGGCCUGAAGCUGACAGUGGAGGAAGCUGUGCGCAUGGGCAUUGUGGGCCCCGAGUUCAAGGACAAGCUGCUCUCUGCCGAGCGAGCCGUCACCGGCUACCGGGACCCCUACACCGGAAAGCUCAUCUCCCUCUUCCAGGCUAUGAAGAAGGGUCUGAUCCUGAAGGACCACGGGAUCCGCCUGCUGGAGGCACAGAUCGCCACAGGAGGCAUCAUUGACCCUGAGGAGAGCCACCGCCUGCCUGUGGAGGUGGCCUACAAAAGGGGCCUCUUUGACGAGGAGAUGAACGAGAUCCUGCUGGACCCUAGUGAUGACACCAAGGGCUUCUUCGACCCCAACACAGAGGAGAACCUCACCUACCUGCAGCUCAUGGAGCGGUGCAUCACGGAUCCAGAGACUGGCCUCUGCCUCCUGCCUCUGAAGGAGAAGAAGCGGGAGAGGAAGACCUCCUCCAAGUCCUCCGUCCGCAAGCGCCGGGUGGUGAUCGUUGACCCAGAGACCGGCAAGGAGAUGUCCGUGUAUGAAGCCUAUCGCAAGGGCCUCAUUGACCACCAGACUUACCUGGAGCUGUCAGAGCAGGAGUGCGAGUGGGAGGAGAUCACCACCUCCUCCUCCGAUGGCGUGGUGAAGUCAAUGAUCAUCGACAGGCGCUCAGGGCGCCAGUAUGACAUCGAUGAUGCCAUUGGCAAGGGUCUGAUUGACCAGUCAGCCCUGGACCAGUACCGCUCAGGCACCCUCUCCAUCACCGAGUUUGCUGACAUGCUCUCUGGCAAUAUGGGUGGCUUCCGGUCACGGUCGUCCUCAGUUGGAUCCUCCUCCUCCUACACUGUCAGCCCAGCCCUGUCACGGACCCAGAUCUCCAUGUGGACUGACCCAACCGAAGAGACUGGGCCAGUGGCAGGCAUCCUGGACACGGACACUCUGGAGAAGGUGUCCAUCACGGAGGCGAUGCGCCGCAACCUGGUGGACAACAUCACAGGGCAGCGGCUGCUGGAAGCCCAGGCCUGCACCGGGGGCAUCAUUGACCCCAACACCGGUGACAAAUGCACCGUUGCCGAUGCGGUCACCAAGGGCCUGGUUGACAAGAUCAUGGUGGACCGCAUCAACCUGGCGCAGAAGGCCUUCUACGGCUUUGAGGACCCGCGGACCAAGACAAAGAUGUCGGCGGCGCAGGCCCUGAAGAAGGGCUGGCUGUACUACGAGGCCGGGCAGCGGUUCCUGGAGGUGCAGUACUUGACAGGGGGCCUGAUCGAGCCCGAUGCCCCAGGCCGUGUCUCCCUGGAUGAUGCGCUGCAGAAGGGCACCAUUGAUGCGCGGACUGCCCAGAAGCUGCGGGAUGUUAACACCUAUUCCAAGUACCUCACCUGCCCCAAGACCAAGCUCAAGAUCUCCUACAAGGACGCCAUGGACCGGAGCAUGAUCGAGGAUGGGACCGGCCUGCGGCUGCUGGAGGCCUCCUCUCAGUCCAGCAAGGGCUACUACAGUCCCUACAACAUCAGCAGCGCCGGCUCCACCUCCGGAUCGCGCUCGGGCUCUCGCACCGGCUCCCGCUCAGGCUCCCGGCGCGGCAGUUUCGAUGCCACUGGCUCCAGCUUCUCCAUGACCUUCUCUUCCUCCUCCUACUCCUCCUCAAGUUUUGGGCGCAGAUACACGGCGGGUACCCAGGGCAUCGUGGAGGAGGCUGCCCUUGCCCUCGCCCUGGCCGCAUCCAGAAGCUGCGGGUGGGAGGCGAGCAGGGAGUGCCCCGGGGUGUCUGGGCCCCUGCUCCACGUGCCCCUGCACCCCAAAGGAGGAGACUGCCUUGGCCCUGUGGUGCACCCCAUUGCAACCAAUGUGCCAGAGGAGGACAUCACCAGCUCCUCGGCACUGGACAGCCAGACACACCACACCAGCCCUGAAGCUGCUGCCUGGACCCCUUCCACGCGCCCUCAGUGCAGCGAGGAGGGGGCUCUGCACCCCAGCCCCCCGAGCUGCCCCAUCUCCCUGCCUUGGCCUCCUGGCACGUCCCCACCACCCCGCCGCAGAGCCGGUGCCCUGACCACGUCUUUUUCCAGUCCCAACAAAGACCUCCCAGUGCCGCUGGGUGAGCUCCUGAGCUGGGUCUCCGACAUCAGCAGGUCGUGGAUGGGCUCGAGGGGAGCCCCAGAGGCGGCAGCUGCUCGGCCGUGCCCACCUGCACAGUGUGGCUGGAUGUCCAUACCACUUCCCCUCAUCGCCGCCAUGGAGCCCGUCCCCCGCCCUGAGGCCGGUGGGACUGCACCUGAGGACACAGGGACGUUCUCCCUCACCCUUUGCACUUGCCAGAGUCCCCUGCCAGAGACUGAGGCCAUGGUGCCCGAGCAGCCAAUGGCCCAAGAAGCACCCACAGGGUCACCCGGCCCCCACUCGCCCCACACACUCCUUCCUCCCUGGGGAUGGCCUCCUGGUGUGGUGUCGGGCUCACUGCGGAUCUCCAAAACAUCUCCUCCUCCUCCCCUGCUCUCAUCUACCACCUCUUCAUGCCACGGGCUGUAUGGGCUGCUGCAGGUCGUGGUGAAGUGUGUCAGGCGCUGCGGUGGCACGGGAGGCACCCAGUGCCUCCCCGGCCCUGGUGGGGUCCCUCGCCCCGCUUUGGGCCGUGAGUGGCAGCACCGCCCCGUCCUGGCUGUGCUCCGUCGGGUGGGACCCGUGGCCGCUGUCCCGAGCGUGGCUGUGGCCACCGGCUCGGCCCUGCUGGCACGGAGCAGCUGCCAGCUCCCUGUGCCCACCGCCCCGGGCGCUGCUGGCUCGGCCCCCGCCGCGCCGGGAACGCUCUGUACAGCUUCUCCACAAAGACUGGCCGGCCUCUCCCACGCCCCCCCCCUCGCCGGGGCGCUGAACCUCCUCAUGGCCAGGGACCCCCAGACCCCCCCGGCCGUGCCGCUGAGGCUCGGAGCCCGGCUGCGCCGGCCAAGGGCGGCUGUGCCCCGUGUGAAGCUCUGCCGCUCUGUGCCCCUGAGCCGGGGCCGCUGUUGGCUGGAGCGGAGACCCCCCUGUCCCCGGGGCAGCGGGGAUGGUGCUGCCCCAGCGCUGCAGCCGCCACGUCCUGCCGGGCACCAGGCAGCCCCCAGACCCCAGGGCGGGUCGGACGCGGUGGUGCGGUGUGGGCAGCGCGGGGCGGGACCGGGAGCCGGUGCCAGGCAGCUCCAGAGCUGUUUGUUCCGGCUGUCACGCUCCCGGUGCUCGGGCGGCCCGCGGUGUCCGGUGUCCGAGCCGGGCCUGGGGGCCGCUCUGAACCAGCCCCCGCAGCCUGCCGAGGCUGGGGGCUGCUGUGGGACCCUCACAGGCGAAUUCAGAGGAGCUGGAGCCAAGCCAAAACCUGCAGGUACCGGUGAUGGCUGGAGCACAGGACAGAUGGGGGAUCCUGGCCAGGGAGCUCUGUCCCAGCUGGUGGGGAUGGGCUGUCCCUGGGGAGACACAGCAACACUCCAGACCUCCACAGUUGGAGCCUUGUCCCCUGCCAGGACCUGGUGCCCCGUGCCCACCGUCCCUCUGCUCUCCCUGCAGGUGCACCGCGCUGCGGGAGACACCGGAGAUGGCGUGGAGGGCUCACCGUGGGACAGGGAGGAGGUGGAGAGAGCCUGCCUGCGGUCCGAGCAGAGGCUGGAGGUGCAGGAGCAGCUGCUUGCCCUGCGGCACUGGCUGGACGCCGUGGAGAAGCGGCUGCUGGCGCUGCCAGAGCCCGGCACGGCCCUGCAGGUGUCCUCACGGGCUGUGCCUGUCCCAGAGGAGGCAGCGGAGCGGGGCCAGGAGACGCUGGAGCGGCUGCUGGCCUGGGUGGCCGACAUGGAGGAGCUGGUGAGCAACCAGAAGCCGCCGUCGGCGGAGGCGAAGGUGGUGAAGGCGCAGCUGGAGGAGCAGAAGCUCCUGAAGCGCCUGCUGGAGGAACGGAGGCCGCGUGUGGAGCUCGUCCUGCAGGACAGACUGACGGCGCAGGGCUCGGGCACGGCGGCGCCCGAGGGCAGUGCCGGCCUCUUCAGCCUCGGGGAGAGGUGGGACAAGCUGAUGCAGGAGGCUGAAGCCAGGUAUGGCUGCCUGGAGCGGAUCCUGCCGGCAGCCCAGGGCUUCCAGGAGGCCGUAGACGCCUUCCAGGAGUGGCUCGGUGCCACAGAGCGGCAGCUGGCCCAGCUCUGGCGUGCCGAUGGCUGUGUCGGCCGCGUGCAGGACGCCCACCAGCAGACCCAGGCCCUCUGUGAGGAGAUCCGCGGGCGGCUGGGAGAGCUGGAUGGCGCCCUGGAGAGCGGGCAGCGCGUCCUGGAGCUGGUGACAGGGGAGGAGGCCCAGCUGACACAGGAGAAGAUGGAGUCGCUGAGGAUGCGGUACCUCAUCGUGGGCCAGAGCAGUGCUGACACCGCUCACCGGCUGGGACAGACCCUGGAGGCCUCGUCUCGCCUGGGCACGGCCCCUGAGGACCUGGCACUGUGGCUGAGCCGCAUGGAGAAGGAGCUGGGCGAGCAGGAGAGCCAGCAGGAAGGCCAGGAGCCCUCAGUCACUGCCAGUGACAGGGAGAAGUUUGAGCAGGUCCUGGAGUCCCAGCUCAGCCGUGUGGCUGGGCUGGGCGAGCGGCUGGAGGAGAUCGGCCGCGUGCAGCUGGAUGCUGAGGCUCUCCGCUCGCAGCUCUCCGAGCAGAAGCUGCUCUCCGCUGAGAUCCUGCAUUGCCGGGGCCUGGUUGAGCGUCUGCUGGGGUUCUCGGAGCCGCUGCUGCGCUGCUGCCCCGAGCCCCUGCGGCAGCGCCUUCAGCCGUCGGUGCAGGCGCUGCGGGAGCGCACGGAGCAGCUGUCCCUGCGCAGCGGCGCCUGUGCCGUGCAGCUGGAGCAUGCCCAGUCCCUGCUCACCCAGUUCUCCGAGGCCCUCGAGGAGCUGCUGCCCUGGCUGGAGGAGACACAGGCCCUGGGGGUGCAGCUCUCGCCUAACGCCAUCAGCUACGAGGCCUUCAAGGAGCAGCAGGCGCUGCUGCAGAGCCUGCGAGAGGCCAUCGCCGAGCACCGGCCGCUGGUGGGGAAGCUGCAGCGCGUGUCAGCGCAGCUGCUGGAGCUGAGCCCAGAGCAGGGAGCCCCGUUCCAGCGGCGCUGGCAGGAGCUGGAGGAGCAGUACGGCCACAUCCGCGAGCGCGUGCGCCAGGCGGCGGCUCUGCUGGAGGACGCCCUGCCGCGAUACAGCCAGCUGUCGGAGCGCAUGGACCUGAUGCUGGAGUGCCUGGAGCGGCUGCAGAGCCGGCUGCAGAGCCAGCCCCCUGUCCGCGGCGACGCGGCCCACUUGAGGGAGCAGAUCCGGGAGAACAGCCUGGCCCUGGGCGAGCUGGAGAAGCUCGGGGUGGCUCUGGAGGGCAUCCGUGCACAGGGCGAGGAGCUGCUGGCCACCAUGCAGGCGGUCAGCUCCGACGCCGCGGACAGAGGCAUCCAGGAGCGCACGGCACAGCUGCUGUCACAGUGGGGCUGCCUGCGCGGCCGCUGCCAAGAGCAGGAGCGGUGGCUUCGGGAGCUGCUGGCACUGGCUGAGCGCUUCUGGCAUGGCCUGUCUGAGCUGGCCGUGGCACUAAGUGACACCCAGCAGCUGGUGCUGGGGCUGGAGGAAGCUGGUGGCGAGCCCGAGGCCAUCCGCACGCGGCUGCGCACCAUGCAGGCACUGCGGGAGGAGAUCGACGCACUGCAGGGUGAGCUGGACACGCUGGGCAGCCUGGGCGUGGAGCUGAUGGCGUCCUGCGGGGACCCCGACAAGCCCGAUGUCACCAAGAGCCUGGACGAUCUCUACUCCUCCUGGCACAGCCUGAGCCGCGUGUGGACGGAGCGGAACGGGCGCCUCGAGGAGCAGCUCCAGGCCGCCCUCAGCUACCAGGACACCAUGCAGCGGCUGCUGGAGUGGCUGGAUGCAGCCGAGCUGCGCAUCGCCGAGGAGUUCCUGGUGGGCGGCGACCUGGACAUGGUGCAGCAGCAGCUGGCGGAGCUCAAGGAGUUCAAGCGGGAGCUGUACCAGUGCAAGGUGGACGUGGAGAGCCUGCGGCACCAGGGGGGCACGGGGCAGGGGGAGACCCCGGCCACACUCAGCGACUUCCGCCAGCGCUGGGACCACCUGGAGGAGGAGAUCGUCAGCCGACAGCACCAGCUGGAGGCGGCGCUGCUGGGGCUGGGGCAGUUCCAGCACCAGCUGGCCGAGCUGCUGCAGUGGCUGAGCCGCACCGGGGAGCAGCUGCGCGGCCCUGCGCCCCUGCGCCCCGACCUGCAGAGCUGCGAGAUCGAGCUGGCCAAGCACAAGGUGCUGCGCACCGACGUGAUGUCCCACGCCCGCACGGUGCAGUCGGUGACGGAGGCUGGCCAGGGGCUGCUGCUCUCCAGCCUGGGCGAGAGCGUGGAGGGGCUGCAGCGCAGCCUGCAGCAGCUGGAGCAGCACUGGGACCUGGUGCGCAGCGAGACCGAGAGCCGGCAGCUGGAGCUGGAGAACAACCUCAGCCAGGUGCAGGACAUCACGCUGGAGAUCACGGAGCUGCUGCAGUGGCUGGAGCAGGUGGAGCUGCAGCUCUUCUGCUCCAAGCCGGCCUGGGGCCAUCCGGAUGCCACCAAAGAGAAGCUCAACGCACACCUGGAGCUGUGCCGGGAGCUGGAGGCGCGGGCCGGGACCUACCGGGGGCUGCGGGAGCGGCUGCAGCGGCUGCUGGACUCGUGCCGCGCCGGCCGGCCCUGCAGCACCGAGCACAGCCUGCGCCUCCUGGAGCAGAAGUGGGAGAGCGUCCAGGCCGAGGCCCAGGAGAGGAAGGAGCGCCUGGCCGAGGGGCUGACGGUCAGCACCGAGUUCCACGGCUCGGCGCAGGAGCUGCUGCGCUGGGUGGCCCACGCCGAGGAGCUGCUGGGGUCCCCCGCGCCGCCCAGCUUCGUCCUGGACACCGUCACCGCCCAGAUCCAGGAGCACAAGGCCCUGGUGAAGGAGGCAAACGCCCACGGGGAGAAGCUGGGCGGCCUGGAGGCCGUGGCGGCGCGCCUGAAGGAUUUCAGUCGGAAGCAGGACGGGGCCGUCAUCCAGAACCUCGUGCUGGCGGCCCGGGAGCGGCUGGGCAAGGUCUUGCAGCGGGCAGCAGAGAGGGGGGCGGUGCUGGAGGAGGCUCGAAAACGCAGCAAGCAGUUCAGCGAGUCCCGGCGGCUGCUCCUGGACUGGAUGGACGAGGUGGAGCAGAGCCUGGAGGUGCCUCAGGACACUGCCACCAGCCAGGAGGAGAUCAAGUGCCAGCUGGCUGAGCACAAGGCAUUCCAGAAGGUGCUGCGGGCAAAGCGUCCGGUGUACGAGGCGACGCUGCGGAGCGGGCGGGCGCUGCGGGAGGGGGCGCGGCUGCCCCAGGACCUGCAGCCGCUGGAGGAGCUGCUGGGGGAGCUGAAGGAGCGCUGGGAUGCGCUGUGCAGCCACGCUGCAGAGAGGCAGCACAAGCUGGAGGAGAGCCUGCUCUUCUCGGGCAAGUUCACGGACGCGCUGCAGGCGCUCAUGGACUGGCUGUACCGCGCCGAGCCGCAGCUCAGCGAGGACGCGCCCGUCGGCGGGGACCGCGACCUGGUCGGGGACCUCAUGGACAAGCACAAGGUGUUCCAGAAGGAGCUGGGCAAGCGUGCCAGCUGCAUCAAGACGCUGAAGCGCUCGGUGCGGGACCUGACGCGCGGCAGCAGCAGCGUGGACUCGCAGUGGCUGCAGCGGCAGGUGGAGGAGCUCAGCAGCCGCUGGGACCUGGUCUGCAAACUCUCCCUGUCCAAGCAGGCCCGGCUGGAGGCGGCGCUGCGGCAGGCGGAGGAGUUCCACAGCCUGGUGCACUCCUUCCUGGGGCGCCUGACUGAGUCGGAGAAGACCCUCAAGUACGGAGUGUUCCCCGAGGAGGAGGCGGCUGUGCAGGAGUGCCAGGCCCAGCUGCAGGAGCUGAUGCAGUCCUUGCAGUGCCAGCAGCUGGAGCUGGAGUGCAUCACCUCGCUGGGGGAGGAGAUCCUCACCACCUGCCACCCCGACUCUGUCAUCACCAUCAAAUCCUGGGUCACGGUCACCAAGAGCCGCUUCCAGGAGGUGCUGAGCUGGGCGCAGCAGCAGGGUGAGUGGCUGCGGGCGCAGGCGGCCGCGCUGGCGGCCGAGCGGGAGGACACGGAGCAGCUGCUGGACUGGAUCACGGCGGCCGAGGAGGCGCUGGGGCUGCGGGACCAGGAGCCGCUGCCCGAGGAGGCCGAGCAGCUGGAGGAGCUCAGCGCCCAGCACGCGGUGUUCAUGGAGGAGCUGAACCGCAAGCAGCCCGACGUGGAGAAGGUCACCAAGAGCUGCAAGCGGAAGCUGGCGGUGGAUCUGGGCCCCCCGGCCACCCGCCGACUGGCCACACGUCGCCGCAGCGGCGGGAAGGCGCAGGGCACGGCGGCAGUGCCGCUCGGGGCGCUGGAGCCCCAGACGCCCCUGAUGGCCCAGCUCCUGCACCGCUGGCAGCAGCUCUGGCUGCUGGCCCUGGACCGCCAGUACCGGCUGGAGACGGCCCUGCAGCGCCUGCGGGAGCUGGAGGAGUUCGCGCACUUUGACUUCGGGGUCUGGAGGAAGCGCUACAUGCAGUGGAUCAGCCAGAUGAAGUCCCGCGUCCUGGACGUGUUCCGCGGCAUCGACAGGGACCAGGACGGGCGCAUCAGCCAGCGGGAAUUCAUCGAGAGCGUCCUCGCCUCCAAGUUCCCCACCAACAUCCUGGAGAUGAACGCCGUGGCCACCAUCUUCGACAUGAACGGCGACGGCUUCAUCGACUACUACGAGUUCGUCAGCGCCCUGCACCCCAACCGGGACCCACUGCGCCGCUCCGCUGACGCCGAUCAGAUCCAGGAUGAGGUGAACCGGCAAGUAGCCCAGUGCAACUGCGCCAAGCGCUUCCAGGUGGAGCAGAUCAGCGCCAACAGGUACCGGUUCGGGGAGUCCCAGCAGCUGCGGAUGGUGCGGAUCCUGCGCAGCACCCUCAUGGUGCGGGUGGGCGGCGGCUGGAUCGCCCUGGACGAGUUCCUGGUGAAGAACGACCCCUGCAGAGUGAAGGGAAGGACCAACCUGAAGAUCAACGAGAAGUACCUGUCCUCCGACGUCUUCGGAGCCGCCGCCAGGUGUGCCGGGAACCAGUCGGCCUCCUCCUCCAAAGUGCUGUCCCCGAGCCGCUCCAACUCCAGCCUCAGCCUCUACAGCAGCGCCUCGGCCCCCAGCAGCCCCCUGGCCAGGAAGUCGGUGCUGCGGAGGACGCGCUCCGGCGACCGCUGUCCGCGCUCCCGGGGCUCGGGGCUGCCCGACGGAGCCGAGCUGCAGUUCACCGCGGCUGAGGAGAGCCUGGCUGUGGCCCCCCCAGAGCCGCCCGAAGGGUCCCCUCCGGAGCGCUGCAGCCCCUGCCGCUGACCCCCGCGCCCGCCCUGCGCCCAGCACCCUCGGCCGGCCCCACUCAGGACCCUCCUCCACGGGGCUGGAGGGCGGCUAAGCCGCGGCCGCGCCCCCCGCGGGUCUCCGGCCCGGCGCUGCGGCCCCCCGAGCGGGGCUGAGCUGUACGGCCGUCACCGAUCCCGCCGCCCGGGCCCGUUCCAGAGGAUAUGCAAGUAUCUCCCGACACCCAGCGAGCCCCCGAGCUCCGGUCUCCCGCCCCGCGGCUCCAGCGGGCAGCGCGGGGGGGGUCUGAGCCCCGGUGCCCCGCUCCGAGCGCCCGGGACUGCGGGACCAGCCGGGCACCCCCUGCCCUUCUCCCGCGCUGCCAGCUCGGGGUGGCUGCGGCACCCCCGGCACUGGGCCUUGCUCACGGGGGUCCCCAUCGUGCCUCCCACGCCCCGGCGGGAGGCGGCCGGGCUCGGUAGCCGGGCACCGGGACCCCCCGGGCGGAUGCCGAGCCCCGUUUCUGGUGCUAACCCUCACCCCUCGGCCUUCGGUGUGCGCGCACGGGCCCCCGGCUCCGGCCGCCCCCUGCCCCGGGGGUCCCGCGCCGCCGCGGGGCUGCGCUCCCGUCCCACCGGCGGCACCGGGGGCAGCGGGACCCCCGCCCCGCUGCCGCAUGCCCGCGCCACCCCGCUAACCGGAGAGCAGUAGAGCUGAAUGUAACCCCGGCCGGGCCCGCCCGCCGCCACAAUAAACUGUAGUGAGGUUCCUUUUUCUACGA